CAAAAAAAACCCCAAAAAACAAAAACCAAACCAAACAACAACAACAAAAACCCAAAACAAAUAGAAAAACACUAUGAGGUUUUUUUGUGAUUUUUUUUUUUUUUUAGCUUAUUGGCCAUCAUUAGUGUUCAUGUAUUUUAUGUGUGGCCCGAGACAAUUCUUCCAAUGUGGCCCAGGGAAGCCAAAAGAUUGGACACCCCUGCUUUAAGAGAGAAUUCCCUGAAAUAGUUAACAGUUAUUUACUUUCAAUUUUCCUUAUUCAAAUUACUGUGCAGUUUCAGCCUCCUGGUUGGACAGUAACUGACCACAAUGUCUCCCAAGGCCUGGCAUUAUUUAGCUCCUGGCAUUGCUCUGAAACUGUCGUCUACCAUCCUCCCGUUGUGCACUUUGCUCUGGCCUCACUGAUGGGCACGUUCUUCCCAGAACAUCCUCCUACUUAACUUUGUCUUACUUUUUGCCUAGAAUCUUCUUCUUGCUAUUCAAAUGUCUCAUUACCAGAAUUUUCCACAUAUGAUGUAAAAUGUGCUUCUAAUACAACACUUUCUCUCUACUUUAGCCUACUUCAUUUUUCAUAAAAGUUCUUGUCACCACAUGACGUUACAGUCAUUUAUUUCCUGACUCUCUGACUCCUCUCAUUGGAAAGUUAUGCCCUUGACAGCACACACAGUCUGUUUUGUUCCUGGUUAAUCCUUGUGCCUGCACCUCCGUAUAGCCUAGCACGUGGUAGACAAUGAAACGACUGAAUGAAUUAAUGAACAAAUGAAGUAGUAUACUUCCUAGAUGAGAAAACUGAGACUCAAAAGUGAUAAGUACCAAAUCAGUAUAACAUAAAAGUUAGGAGUUUAAGCUCUUUGGGGAGAAAUGUGGGUUUAAAUGUGGGUUUUGCUACAUCCUACUAGUGUAACUUACAUAUAUUUCUUAAAUUCUCUGUGCCUCAUUUUCCUUAUCUGAAAAAUGUGGAUUAUAAUGGUAACUACUUUAUACUGGGCUAUAUAGAGUAAAUAAAUUAUGUAUAUAAUAUGCCUAGUACAGUGCUUGACACAAAUUAACAAUUCCACAUAUUUAGUUACUUGUACAAUUAUCUGUAGCUGCAAAACUAUAAAUGCAGGUUUAUCAUCUUUCUGGAGAGAUAGCAAGAGAAAGGUUAAGUUUAUAAAAUGCCUAAACAAUAAAAACUAUAUUAUCAAAGUAUAAUGCCUAAACGAGGGCUGGUUUUAAUAUCAACUAAUUAGUAGCUGCCUAAUAGUAAGAACUGACUCUAAAAUCAAGUAGACAAGAAAAUGGUCCCGCCUGUGCCCUCUCCCUGAAUGCCCUGUGGGUCAGGGACACCCAAUUCCCUUGUCUCCCUUGCUCAAGGCUUGUUGUCCUGGCAACCUCGGAGGAGGUGCAGGAGUGAGGGGCCUCUGCUGCUCUCUGAGGCUGUGGGUUCUGGUAGGGAGGGGCGGGGUCUCCCACAAAUGGGUCUGGCUCCUCUAGUAACUUUGAGGGCCCUGUGAGGGGCAGAGCGAGACACCGUGGAAAGUGGGAGGGGGCUUGUUGGAGGGUCUUGCCCACAUCCCCCUCCUGCGUGCACAACAUGUCCAGUAUACACACACUGAGCGCCUGCCCUGAGGACUGGUGGGCCUCCUGUACUUUCUUAGAGUCCAGGAGGAAGAGAAGGAAGAAAAGGUGAAGGGGAAGGCCCAGGUAGUAGGGCUGAGGGUCCGGGGCACUCCCUCACUACUGACUGCCCCAGAGGGUGACAUGGGAGGGGACAUGGCACUGGAGCCCACUUGGGGGUGGCAGGUCCCCUUGCUUCCUUGUUAGUUUCUUCGUAGAGGCCCUAAGAUGCUUGAGCACAGUGUCAUCGUCCGUGGCCCAGGUAUGGAAGAACUGGUUCCGAAAACAUGCCAAAAGGCCAGACCUGGAUGUCUUCAUGAGGCGCUCUAGGGACAGGGUGGAUAUCAGGCCAGGACAGUUACCUGGGAAUGGUCACAGCUCAUACCCCGUGGCCACUUCAGUCUCCCACUGGGCGGUGCCGGAUCCUUUUGUGGCCACCCCAGGCGUCCAGAUGUACACAGGAGACUGUGGCUGGGGGGUGAUCUGGACAGGGAAGUGCUCACCACACUCCUGACCUUCAUCUGGGUCAUGUGAGGGAUGGGCUCGGUGUCACAGUGCCCUUCCCAGCCCACCUGGCCAGACCUCCCUCUGGGCCAGAACAGAGGAUCAUGAGGACAGUGUGAGGAAGCUGCCCUCAGGCCAGUUUGGUCUGACCACAGGGCUCCCCAGGCCCCACUGGGUACACAUAGACUUACUCUUCUGAACCUUAAAAGCAAUGCUUCUGAUCGGCAUCAACACCUGUCCUUCCAGCAAAUACACGUCCCACAAGCACAGGGUGAGCCCGAGAGAGAUCUGUGGGGACAGCAGGUGUGAGACAACCUGGCCCUUCCAGGCUGGGGCUGGUGACUCAAGCUGCACACAUUGGGGCUUCAGUCUCCAGAGUCAGUGACCUUCCCCAUGAGGGUCGCCUGAGCCAUCCAGAAUGCUGGGUCAGACAAGGUCUUGCAGCUCCUCAUAGGGGGCACUCAUUUGAGUGGGGAUGUGGCUCCUGGACAGAGGGGCUUGCCCAGGGCUUGAGGCUUCCCUGAGCCCUCUCAAGUUGGGUCCUGGCCCAGUCUGCCCAUGAGGCUGGGCCUGAGCCCCAGCCAUUGCCCUGGGAUGACCCCUCUUGGGCAGAGGGUUUUGCUUUUGUGUCCUUCGGGGACCCGCCUGAGCCUCCUGUGGGCUGGGAGUGAGCCAGACCUCCGGACUGGGGAAGCAGGGCACUGCAGGGCAACGAGGGUCCCUGAGCCAGGGUCUCCCUAUGCCUCCUUACCCCUUGAAUCAACAUCCGGAGAAGGCAGCCUAAUGAGGAACACUGUCCGCAUAGACCUUCCUUGUCCUGAUGGGAGGAACAGAGGUGCUCAGGGCCCCCUGGGCUGCCCUAAAAACCUCCAUCUUCCAGGGCCUCUGAAGACCCUUCCCCUAGUGCAGAACACUGGGCGGUGUCCAGAGCUCCCCACAACACUGUCCCCUUCCCACACUCUCGGUGGACACACUGACCUUUGACUUGCUCUGCGGGAGCUGGGCCCCCAUCCCUGUGCCUCUGUCUCCUCCAGGGCAGGAAAGGAAACAAACUCCCAGCCCAUGGAGAACCCGACGUCCCAGGUCAGGCCCUGGCUGGGACUCCGCCAGUCACCAGUCCCACGAGGGUCUCCAGUCCCCCUGCUCCUACAGCCCCACGGGAGGCAAGGCCUCUGAGAAGAGCCGAGGGGACAAUAAACUCACCUGAUGCCACAUGGUCUUGGGUUGUGACUUGGGCACCACAUGCUCCUGUUGGUCUUGGAGCCCCUGGACUGUCCCGCCAUUUGGGCUCUGGAAUUCUGAGAAGCCCCCAGCCCAUCAUGAAAUCAGAGCCUUCCCCCAAGAUGUGGAGCCAUCAGCUGCAAGAGCUGGGCAGCUGCAGAGGCCCCCAAACCCGAAGGCCUCCCACCCUCCCAUCUGGUGACCCCACCAUGCGGGCUUUGCCCUGGGGAGGUGGGACAAGAACAUCCCCUGGAGCCUGGCUGGAGGUUCCCCUGGAGGCCUCCUGGGCUAGGGUGCAAAAAGGGCAAGACUGACUUUGAGGUCACAACAGAGCGGCCAGAACACGGUGGCUGCUGGGCUUCCUGGUCAUCUCGUGGAAGUGGGGUUGGGCCAGGGGACACGGGAUGGGGAGAUGUUGCUACCUGGGCUUGGUUAGCCCAUUCGUGGGCACCAAGGGCAGCAGGAGCCUGGGCAGCUGGAGGGCAGGAGGACUCUCAGGGAGGGGAGAGUCAGCUGCACAGAGUCAGAGCCAGAGGGCGUGGCUCCAGGACACAGAGGGGGGCCACGGGGAGGCUGUGAUGCCCUCUGCUGAUGGGGAUGAAAGGCAUCUGACUUGGGCUGUGGGGGUCAGCCGCGGACUCCUGUGGGACCCUCAGCAGAGACGUCCUAAAGGCUCCCAACAAGCUGGCGACACAAGGAUGGUGCCUUGGCUGAAAGCCGAGAUCACCUCGCCACGGUGGCUGUCCCCAGGUCUGGCUGCAUGAGGCCCCACGGGCAGCUGUUCACCUACCUGGCAGGGAGUGCCUCUCACUGGCCAGCAGCUGCACCAGUGCCCAGAAUGCAUCCUCCUCAGGCAGAUAAAGGAGGAACAAGGUGGCAAUGUGGCUCAGGUCCCUGCAGUAGCCCGCCUCCUGCAAGAGCCAGAGUCGCCAUGGAAGGACAUCACCUGGGAGGGCCGAGGUCACCUGGGAGGACUCAUGUCAUUGGAGAGGGCAGAGGUGACUGGGGAGGCUUCCUCUGAAGAGGCUUCCUCAGGAUGCAAAUUCAUUUCAUGACAAGAGCCAAGUCCAUCAGGCACUUCAGCACCUUGUCCAAAUUGUCUCCUGAGAGCACCAUCCUGCAUGUGACACUGCCAAGCUCCCGGGCUUUGGGGCAGCCCCAGGAGGAGGGCGUCAUUUCUUGUUCUGAGAAGUGCCCAGGUGACAGGCCCAGGUGACACCAGGAAUCCAGGCCCCAAGUCCUUUGUGUCUCAGCUUGACCCCUUGAGACCACCCCCUUGCUUGGAGGUUUAUGCCAGCGGUGACCUGGAAUCCUACCUCCUAUAUCCUGGUGGGUCACAAAUACUAACUUUAAAAGAAGCAACGACACCCCCAUCAGACACCCACUCCUGUGAAUAUGGAAAUACGGCCCAGGAACCUCACUGCCGGGAAUACUCACUGGGUUAUACUCCGAAUAUGCGAGGAGGAUGUAGAAUAGUUCCCGCUGCCUAGGAAACAGAGAAAGGGGGCUAGGGUUUGGUUUAUGCAGAUGCUGUUAGUUUCACUUUGUCUACAAAUCCUAACAACAAAUCCCAUUUCAGGUUCAGAUGAUUCUCCAGAUAAGCAGUGAACUUUCAGGGCCUCAGAUUGUUGAAGAAAUGUUUCAGUAAAAUCCACAUCUGUGACAUGCAAAUAGCCCAGUUGUACAGGGAGUUGACCGAUCCUUUUCACUCUGAAUGAUUUUUUUUUUUUUUUUUCAGUUUGCACACAUGCCAUUUCAGUCUUUGGGUGUACAGUUCCUCCACGGUUCCAAACCAGUGUGCAGAGUCUCCCGGCCACCGCUCCAGCCCCUCCUGGAGUGACUCCUGAUCUUCCAAAUCUCCAGGGUUUCCCCUAUGCACCCAGCCUCUCCCCGAUCCGUCAGCCCCUGGCCACCCAGACUGCUUCUCAGUCCCUAUGGUUUGGUCUUUUCCGGAAUGGGAAUCCUACUGCGGUAGCUUAUUGGGUCUGGCUUCUUUCCCUUAGCAAAAUGCAUCUAGGAUCCACCCACAUUCCUGCGGGCAUCACUGGCUCAUUCCCUUUUCUUACUGGGUCUUCCGUUUGAAGGGAGGACCAGACUGUCUCUCCCCAUUCCCGUGUUGAAGGCCAUCCCCGAAGGCUCCGUGUGUGACUGAUGAGGAAUCAAGCAGUGAACGUGGCAUGCAGGUUUCAUGUGGAUGUCAGUUUUCAAAUCAGUGGGUUCAAUAUCUGUGACACCUUGGGGACGCGUGGUUCAAGUCCAUUGAGCUUUGUGAGCCACUGCCCAACUGGCUGCCAACGUGGCUGUGCCAUGUCAUAUUCCCAGCAGACCUGGAUGAGAGUUUCCAGGACCCCUAAUUCUCCCAGCAUUUGGUGCUGUCAGUGUUGCCUGGGGAGGCUCAUGGGCCCUCCAUCCUGCCACCCUCCCGUGGGUCCUACCAUGGGUCCCCGUGGGUCAGGGAGAGCACCUUUCACCAUUAUGCAUGAUUUUGUUUGCUGUCUUCUGUCUCCUCAGGAUCCUCCUGGGUUCUGGCCCCACAUGUUCCAGCCUGGCCCAGGGCUUGGAACCAGGGAGGUGCUCGGUUCAUGGUAACGGCUGCUCCCUGGGCCAGGAGAGCUCUUGGCAGCUCUGUCAUCCCUCCUGGGUGACCCUGGCUUCUGCUCUGGGAAAGUCCCCAUCCCUCUCAUUCACCCCAUCUCCUCUGGGACCCUGUGGCUCCCGUAGGCUUACUUCACUCCAUAUCGAUCCCUGAAGAAGACAUGGUUCUGGAGAGUCCUGUUCACGUCCAGGUUGAUCUGGUGGAUGUGUUCAGAUGACCUCUUGCCCUUCUCCUUCAUGAUCUGUAGGGCAGGGCCAAGAGGAGGAAGCAGCCUCAGAACAGAUGGAAGACUCCCUGCCCCAAAUGGCAGUCAGCCCACAGUCAGCGCUUUGGGAAGGAAGGAAAGAAGGAAGGUUUCCUUGUGCCGAAAGCUGCUUUUUGGCUUGUUACUGAAGCCAGGGAGGGUCACCAGAGCCGAGUUCAUCUGUGGUGACUAUGUCACCAUCUGUGCCCAGGAAGUGCAUCUGACCAUCCUCCCCACCCCCCCAGGCUGGGCUUGACGUUCCCUCCAGCUGGAGACCUGGGCCCCUGACGGCCUGUCCUGUUUGUUGUGCUCUGGCUGAGCGUACCUCGUAUUUUUUUGGGUAUUUUGACUUGAUUUCCUGAAUGUUCAGGAGGACUGACCACACCAGGCCCCGGAUGUUCAUGGGAAUGCCCUUAUAGAUGCGAUCUAUGAGCUGUGGGCAGAAAACAAUCUGGUGUCACAGGCCAUGGGGUGACCCCAGUGAGGAUCAGAGCCCAGGGAUUCUGGAAAUUUUCGGUUUUGGCCUCAUGAUUCCUCAGUAGAGGUGAGAUCAAGCUGGGACAGGGUCUCCCUUCCCAGGACUGAAAGAGUGGAUGGACACUCAGAGUCAAAACUGUGAUCUGAACCUUUUUCUUCCUUCAGGUCACCAGGGCAUCCCUAGCCUUGAGCUCCAGGUGGUCCCAGCCCUAGAUUCACAUUCCCUCCCAGCAAGGUGACGCUUGCACGAGUAGGCAGGCAAUCUGACGACCAGGCCUGCAGUCUUCUGUGCAAGGACAGUGUGCCACCCGCCCUCUGAGAGGCUGACGGUGCCAGGCCACAGCCAUGGGUGCCUCUCUCCUGUCUCUGCAGAGAAUACUUCCGGGGGCCUCUCCCUCCACACAUUACCUUUUUGCUGUUUUUAUAUGUCUCCCAUUUGCCCAGCAUUUCCAGCCACUUGCUCUUUCUUUUUUUCUCCUGCCGAAUUUGCUGCCAAAUGAGGAAUGUUGGAGUUAGCGGAGCUGCCAGGCUUCCCAGAGCCGCCCGGCUUCCCAGAGCCGCCCGUGGAUGCUGGGUCUUGGGCUCUGGAGCCCUGGUGGGACCCAGCUGGAAGGAGCCAGGGAAGGGCAGACCCUAAGGGCUGAGAGCCUUUGAGCAAAUGAGCGCCAGUGGUCUGGCUUUGGGACCCCAGGAUGUGCCAUCCUCAGGCCACAGACACACCAGUCUUAGGUCCCAGCCUGUAGGUGGGUUCCUGACACAAGCAGGCAGCCACCCCCAAGCCAGGACUGUGGUUCUCACUUUGGAAUUUUAUCAAACUGCCAAAGUUACAGCAACUGGGGUCAGGUCUCUGCUGCCCCUCCCAGUGACAGCGUGUUGCCCUCACCCGCCACCGCCCAGGCCAGCUGCUUCCUCUGCCUCACUGACCACCCGCCCAGUCCCUACGUCCCUGGACCAGCCCCUCCAUGCAUCAGGCUCUUACCUUCGCCUCCCGUGCAGUCACAGGAGGCAGCUCCGUCUCAGGGCAACCCAGGCAGAGCUGAGGACCUGCACAGGGCCUGGAGCCGCCCAAGCCUGGGAGCCGACCCCCAGAAAGGACUGGCACUGUCCCUAUUCAGCUCAGGGCUCAGCCCAGGAGAAGUCACAGGGAAGGGAGGACAAGGACCUUCCUGUGGGGCUGACUCCCAGGAGGGGCAGGACCUGGAAGAAGAAGAAGUGCAGGGACAGCCUGGCUGGGGUUACUGGGGCCCUGGCAUGGGGGGUGGUCAGGCUGCACAAUGGGGCUGCGCGUCCUGGACUCAAGGUGGUGCUUUCUGCUGGAGCUGAGAAAGGUUAGCCCUGAGAUGGGAUGGGGGCCACCCAGGGUGGGCGACCGGGCCCUGACAGGAGUCCCUCAGGGAGUGACCACAUCACCCCACCAGGGUCAAGGGAGCCUGCCCUGAGACCUGCCCGGUGUACUCUGGGUGCACCAGGGGCCCAUCCCACUUGACAGCCCCAAGGCUGUUCUGACCUCCCAGUAUCCACCUGCCUCUCCCUGCAUCUGAGCCACACACCCUGCAUUUCAGAAGUGGCACGGCUCAUCAGCUCCCUCCCACCCUACCUCCCCCGGGAUCCUCUGUCUCUCCAUCCUACGAUCCCCGAGGGAUGGGCUCCUGGCUGGGCUCCUCUUACCUGGCCCCAGAUCCCUUCCCAGCACCAGACCCAGGGUCUUUAGCCACAAGCCCUGCUGCCUCUCUGGUCUCAUCAUGAGAUGCCCAGAGCGGGGCCCUGCCCGUCUUCUCCCCCAUUCUCUUUGGGCCAAAGCCCCCACUGUCCCCACACCUUUCCCCCUUCCCCAUGGCGACAGUGAGGGCUGUAGUUCUAGGGAAAUGGAGGAGGACAGGGGCAGGUGGGCUCUGAGAGACCUGCUGGACAGCAGCCCUGAGGCUGGGCCAGGUGUCUCCUCACCCUGUGGCCACAACCCGUGGAUCUCACUGGGGUUGUCUCCUGGUAGACAGGGCCAGAACCUCAGGCUGCCCCACUCCUCUUGUGCUAACUUGCCGACAGAACCUCUGAGAGCCCAGGGGCCUGGCCUAGCCCCCUCUCCAUUCCCACCGGCUCCCUAGAUGGGCCUUGCACCUCUGGCCUAACAACAAUCUUGGGCUGGACCUGCAGGGGAGCCAGGGAGCAGUUCUGACCCUGGAAAAGAGGUUGGCCCCACCUGGCGAGACAUGUCCUGCGUCAGAAAGGCCUUUCUAAAAGCAAACCCAUCCCUGAGCUGAGACAGCUGCUUUAGGGGUGAGGGGAGCACAGAGGACUCACUGCAGAAUCCCAAAGUGAUCAAUGUUGCUGUAGAUUCCAACAGGUUCAGGCCCCUUGUCCUCUGGCAGCUCAGCUCGGUGUCCCUGUAACCCAGAGGGAGCCUUGGUGAGGGGUCCAAGGUAAAGGGUGCAAGGGCCUGGGGAUAUUGGCCACCUGUCCCUGCCCUGUGCUCCGAGGGAACCCAGGACCCUUUGACCAGGGCGCACUGGAAGAGGCCUCCCUCCAAGGAGCAGACCGAACUGUACCUUCUGAUACUUCAUAAUUAUGUCCUCCCGCUUCUAUGCCUGCACACUAUCCGCGCCCUCUACCAUGUCCAUCCUGUGAGACAAAAUUGUCUAAAGGUUACACUGUACCCAACAGCUUCGGAGAACCCCUGAACUGCUCCCGCCGGGCUCCCAGAUGCUGGCUGGUUGUAUAACCUUCAUUCCACCACUGCACUCUGGUAAAAAGGGUCCAAACCCCGUGGCCCACACAUCCAUGGGUCUCUGCAGUCUGAAGCCCUAAGCAGGGGUGGGCAUCUUCCCAAGGACUGGAGAAGAGUGGGACCUGGACAGAGAAUCCCGUUGUCCCCAUAUGCCAUGAAACGGGCACACACCUGCCCUGGCAGGUUGAAUGGUGUCCACCUGCCAAGGGUGAAGAGCCUGUGAUGGGCUAUUCCGGGGAUGUGGAUGUGAACUGCGGUCAGGCACCAGAGGUCUCUGUACGAUCAGCCUCCUGGGAUGCUCAGGGCCACAGAGAUGCCCAGUUUCCUAUGAGGAACAAGAUCUCUCCUGAUUGCUCCGUUCUACCCCGCUCAUCACUUGGGCUACCAUGGCCCUUCAGUCUAACCAGUGAAGCUGCUUUAAGAAUAACGCCAUUUGAGCAGGAGUGUGUUUGGUUUUGGGGAUGAAAAUGAUCUACUGUCUCCAAAGCAGCCACUGUGCUCAUGGAAACCAUGUCUCUCAGGGACGGACUAUGGACUCCACCAUUCUGAGCUGUCCCUACAGGAGAGGGCUUCAUGUUCCUGUGUCACUGAUGUAGAAGAGUGGGUCCUUGCUCCUGGAGAACAUCUAGAUGGACUGUCCCUCCUGAGAAUACUCAGGGCAAAAGGAAAGCGAGGCCAGACAGAAUAAGAAAUACUUGGGGAGAACCCCAGUGCCCGGACCCCUUUGAACACAAGGGAAGAUAGUCUCCCCUCAGCCAGCCCUCCAGGGCUCCUUCACUUUCCACAACUGCCCAAGGGCAGAAGCCUCCCCAUGCCACUCCCAGACAAGGGACUAUGUGUGUCCAGUGGGUCCCACAGUGACCAUCAGGACCCAGCUUAGGCCCCAGCUGUGUUCUGAGGACCGUUCCCUCCUCCCCACCCACAGUGGAUCCAUUCCAGUGUCUCUGCCAGGGCCAGGCUCUGCCCCAUCGGGAUCGGAAAUCUGGGCAGAUUUGGGAUCUAGAGCAGGGAGGUCUCAGGGUUGAGGCCUGAAGUCUAGCAUGGCACACAGCAGGGCUGAGAGCAGAAUCCAGGGUCAUGUCUGAUUCCCAGGCCGGUUACCGCCUCUCUGACCCCAGAUGUCUCACCUGUCGAAUGGGUACAUUCGGGAACAGCACCCACUCUACGAAGCCACCAUGAGGACGAAAGAGAAGGGUCACUGAGCAGAUUUUUUCAGCUCUGAGCAGCUCUCCUUUUUCAGCUCUUGCCGCAUCUCGGACUGUCCCAAUGACAGCCAUAGCAAGAAGAGAUAAGAAACAAGACAAGUUCAUGUUGUCCAGUUUUGAGGUCUUGAAAGAAGUUGCACCAGUAUGAGAAUAGUGGAUCAGUUUUCUCUAGGAUCCAGAAAGCAUAUCAGGCAGCCUUGGGGUGAGGAAAGGAGCCCGGCCUCUCCAGCAGCCACACAGGCCUGCAGUAGGAUGGGGUUGGGUCUGGCCAUGUGGAUCACUUGGGCCUCAUGAGGGGAAAGGAAAUACCAGGGGGCAGAGGAGGAGCAUGGGGGCAGCUGGUUGCCUAAGGAGAAGGCACCUCAGGGAAGGGGACUGUAUUCAUUUGUUUUCACACUGCUAUAAAGAAAUACCUGAGAUUGGGUAAUUUAUAAAGGAAACAGGUUUAAUUGACUUGCAGUUCAGGAAACUUGCAAUCACGGCAGAAGGUGAAAGGGAAGCAGGCACCUUCUUCACAAGAUAGCAGGAGGGAGUGAGUGGAGAACCAGUAAGUGCCACAUUUUGAAACCAUCAGCUCUCCUGAGAACUACCUCACUAUCCAGGGAGCAGCACAGGGGAACCUGUCCCCAAAUCCAAUCCCCUCCUACCAGAUUCCUCACUUGACACAGGAGAAUUACAAUUCCAGAUGAGAUUUGGGUGGGGACACAGAGCCAAACCUGUGAGGGUCUCAGUCUAUGUUGCAGCUCCCCUGGGGCUGAGGCUGAGUACAGAUCUACUGGCCUCGCCCUAUAGCAUGCGAGGGCUCUGCCAGUGCGCCCCCAUCUGCUGCUUCCUAGGGAUGGUGGUGACUUCCUCAAAAGGAGCGUGGAUUUGCUCUCCUGCUGCCCGCUGCCCCUGCAGGGCCUUGUGGAGCCCCGGCCAAGUUCUCCCAGGGUAAGGGCAGGAAACAGGGCUCCUUGCCCUUCUUGCUACUUGAGUGACAACCCUGGGGUCAUCCCUAGGCCCCGUCACUGCCCCUGCUUCUAAACUGAGAACAUUUUGGCAAAUCUUCCUGGCACAGGCUGGGGGCUCAUCCCUGCUAUCUGUUCUAGCUUGGUAAAGCCGGGUUAAGACAUCUGGGCAAGCAGACAGUAGAGUGGACCCCAGGAAGGGUGGGUGGAGGGCGCUGGCCUUUGGGCUUCCCUGGACUAGGGUGGGAAGGGGGUAGUUUACCAGAUAGAGCUCUCAGGACUAUGUUUGGGAGGAGGUGGUAAUGCUGGUGGGGGGAUGUCCAUUCAUCCAUCCAUUCAUCCAUUUUCUCCCCCCACCCCCCAUCUCGGACUGUCCCCAUGACAGUCCUAGCAAGAAGAGACAAGAAACAAGACAAGUUCAUGUUGUCCAAUUUUGAGGUCUUGGAAGAAGCUGCACCAGUAUGAGAAUAGUGGGUCAGUUUUCUCCAGGAUCCAGAAAGUAUAUCAGGCAGCCUUGGGGUGAGGAAAGGAGCCCGGCUUCUCCAGCAGCCACACAGGCCUGCAGUAGGAUGGGGCUGGGGCUGGUUUGGGGUGGAGGAUAAGUGACAGCCAAGGUUUGUCAGCAUGCAGAGGGGUGGCUGACUCAUGGACUAGGGGCUGCGGAGCCCAGUGGUUGCCCUUAGUUCUUGGAUCCUGGGAGACUUCUGGAGCCUGGAUUUGGACAGCCUAGGGGUGGAGGUGGUGAGGGGCAGGGGUGGGGCGGGAGGAGAGGCCUUGCAUGACAGGGUUCAGGGCAGGAAGCCAGCCAGGGACUGCUUUGCAGUGGCUGUUCCCAUCCCCAUUCUCACCCCCAAACCCACCCCUCCCCCCACCCUGGUGCGGGGUCGGUUGUGGGCAGGUGUCUUCUACUUUGGCCUCAGCAGAUCCCAAGAGGGAAGCUGGCAGCCACGUGGGCAUGUCACUUGUGCCAGCUUUGUCCUGCAGUUUCUGCUUCCUGGAGCAUGGGGCACCCACCCAGGAGAGCACGGGCACACCCCACACCUCUCAUUUUGAGGGUGCUGGGAGGUGGGGGACCUAGGUCCUGCAGCCCUGUGCUUGUGCCGUGAAACUUAGCCUAGGAGUCCCGUGUCCGCCCAUCCACGUGGAGCCCCAGGAGCCUGAACAGUGGCAUGCAGCGAGAUGAGGAGGGAGAGAGAACUGGAAAAGGAGGCAGAAAGAGAGAUGUGGAGCAGGGAAUGAGAGAGAGGAAGAGACAGAAUAAGAAAUACUUGGGGAGAAGUAUUUCAUCCCUCUGGGGUGCCAUGACUCCUCCCUGCUAUGGAUGGAGGAAAGUGAUUGAUCUGCCGGAGACGUGAAACCACAUGAUCCUUCCUUCCACAAUAAACUGGAGGGUCAAAACAGGCAAGAGUAGGUCCAGGUCUUCUAAAAGCCAUACCUGAAAUGUUUCCAAUAACAGUUGAUUUGGUGGUGGUAACUCAAUCACACAAACAACCACAACAAAAGACACAACUAUCAGAGAUUUUCAGAUAGCCUCAAAAACACCAUCUAACAUUAGGGAGUUCAAAAAGGCAUGAAGUUUCAAAAAAUUGAGCUUUAUUUACAUAUCAUUUGCAUAAACUGGUAAUUUAACAGUAUGAAUAAAUCCUAGGGCAGAAGACACUUUGGAGACCCCAGGGCACAAGUGCUGAGUUUGGAAGAUUUGGUACUGUACCCUUUGAAGCCCUCGCCUAGUCCCCGCACCCCUUGCCUGCCUGUUAAGAAGAGCCCGUACCAGGGAGCAAAUCAGGGGCAAAUAGCCCAGAAGCCCAGUAGUGGACAGACCUCCAUGCCUGGAGGAGGAGGCCACCUCUGAGAGCAGGAGGAGCUGCCCGAACCCUUCCUCACAGCCUCCUUUUCCUGCUCUCAACACCUCCAGCUUGCAGAUAGACAGCCCCAGCACCGGCAGAAUGAAAAGGUCCUGAGGCAGCAGGGCUGUGGCUCUGGUAAAUAAAAGAGGCCUCUCUUUAGUAAGGUAGAGGAGCUCAGACUGCACACCCUGGUCUCUGACACCAAGGCUCGCUCCAUGCCCAGGACUAGGGGCAGCGUGGGAGCUGCUGGCUGGGGCCAUGCUCGUAACCUCUUCUCUGCCACGUCUAUCUCCAGCGAUGCUCUCAGCUCCAGGGCUGAGCCCAGUGGCUACAGCAGGUGGCAUGAGGUCUGGCAGCUUGUCGCUUUGCUGGUCUUUGGCUGUAUCUGUGCAGGGCCUGGAGGACUCUGGAGCUACCUCUAGCUGCAGCACUGCCUCUGGAUGGGGACUUCCCCAUGCUGUGGGCUGUGGCUCCAUAGCGGGCACUGGAAGUUCCUCUCUCUCUGCACGUGUGGCAAGAGCUGAAAAAGGAGAAAGGGUCACUGAGCAGGUUUUCUGUGUCUGAGCCCCAGAGUUCAAUCUCUGCUGACCAGACCCCCACUGACCAGACCGCUGAGCGGUGGUGCUCAGAGUCCCCUACCAAUGGCCCUUCUCAGUCCACAGACCUCUCCCUCCCCUCAUCAGCACCCACAGGUGACUGAGAGUCUUCUCGGGACUGGACCCCAACUCCAGGACACAGGGAGGGGCAGUUGGUCCCAGGCUCCGGGUGCUGAGCUUCACGCUUGUGCCACAAGGUCCUCUGGGCCAUCUCAAAGGGGGCAGUGAUGUGGCCUCGCACAUCUGGAUGCACUGUCUGGGCCUAUUCCUGGGCCACGUAGCCAGAGGAACAGGAAGAUGUUUGUCAACCCAGGCACCCCACUCUGCUGGGUCUCCCAGUGUCCUUCCCAUGGAGGCCAGAUCCAGAGACAGCACAGAGGCCGCAGGGUGACCGGCCCAGAACCCUUGAGACUAGGCUGGGGAUGACAGGAGGACUGUCCCCAGACAACCAGAAGACCCUUUGCUAGUUUCUUGGUACUUCAUUUCUCGCCUGCUACCCUUACUCCACCAGAAAUCCCCUUCAUGCAGAGUCAAUGAGGAGAGGAAGACGGACACAGAAUCUGUGGAAAGAAAGAAAACAAAAGGUGGGUGGGGGGAAGAGCUGGGAGUGUAACGUUGUAAGGGUCCUACACUAUGCGUAUUAUUUGAGGGUUGGCUGUGAUUAAUUAAAGGUGUGCCUUGUAGACAACCAUUACACACACUAUAAAUAAAUUUUAUAUAUAUAUAUAUAUGGAGAGAGAGACAGAGACAGGGUCUUGCUCUGUCACCCAGGCUGAAGUGCACUGGCCCAAACACAGCUCACUACAGCCUUGACUUCCCAGGCUCAAGCAAUCCUCCCACCUCAGCCUCCUGAAUAGCUGGGACUACAUGUGUGGGCCCCCAUGCCUGGCUGCUUUUGAAAUGGUUUCUUGUAGAGACAGUUAUCUCACUGUGUUAUCCAGGUUGGUCUGGACCUCCUGCCCCCAAGCAAUCCUCCAGCCUCGGCCUCUCAAAGUGUUGGGAUUACAGGCAUGAGCCAGUGCACUCGGCUUACACAUGUUUUUAAGACGCGUAAAUGCUCCCUCUCCCUCUUCCGUCUCCCGUCUCCCAUCUCCCGUCUCCCGUCUCCCGUCUCCCGUCUCCCUCUCCGUCUCCCGUCUCCUGUCUCCCACUUUCCAUGGUCUCCCUCUGAUGCCCAGCUGAGGCUGGACUGUACUGCCGCCAUCUCGGCUCACUGCAACCUCCCUGCCUGAUUCUCCUGCCUCAGCCUGCCCAGUGCCUGGGAUUGCAGGCGCGCGCCGCCACGCCUGACUGGUUUUUGUAUUUUUUGGUGGAGACGGGGUUUCGCCGUGUUGGCCGGGCUGGUCUCCAGCUCCUGACCGCGAGUGAUCUGUCCGCCUGGGCCUCCCGAGGUGCUGGGAUUGCAGACGGAGUCUGGGAAGUGAGGAGCCCCUCUGCCCGGCCGCCACCCCAUCUGGGAGGUGUACCCAACAGCUCAUUGAGAACGGGCCAUGAUGACGAUGGCGGUUUUGUCGAACAGAAAAGGGGGAAAUGGGAAAAGAAAGAGAGAUCAGAUUGUUACUGUGUCUGUGUAGAAAGAAGUAGGCAUAGGAACUCCAUUUUGUUCUGUACCAAGAAAAUUUCUUCUGCCUUGGGAUGCUGUUAAUCUAUAACCUUACCCCCAACCCCCUGCUCUCUGAAACAUGUGCUGUGUCAACUCAGGGUUAAAUGGAUUAAGGGCGGUGCAAGAUGUGCUUUGUUAAACAGAUGCUUGAAAGCAGCAUGCUCGUUAAGAGUCAUCACUAUUCCCUAAUCUCAAGUACCCAGGGACACAAACUGCGGAAGGCUGCAGGGUCCUCUGCCUAGGAAAACCAGAGACCCUUGUUCACGUGUUUAUCUGCUGACCUUCCCUCCACUAUUGUCCUAUGACCCUGCCAAAUCCCACUCUCUGAGAAACACCCAAGAAUGACCAAUAAAUACUAAAAAAAAGAAAGAAAGAAAGAAAAAAAAGAAACAUCAUGUUGUACAUCAUAAAUACAUACAACAAAAAUAAAUAUUAAAAAAAAAAAAGAGGCGUAAAUACGAAGGUUAGUGUUGCCAUGAAGUCAGGCAGGGGUGGGCAAACUAUGGCCCACAAUCCAGAUGAAGCCCCCCUCCUAUUGUGAAUAAAGGUUUAUUGGAGCCACAGUUCCUCCCCUGUGUUCGCUUCUUGUCUGGGGCUGCUUUGGGGCUGCAGUGGCGAAGCUGAGUAACUGUUGAGUAGGUGCAACAAAGACCACAGGGUCCAUGAAGCCCAAGAUGCUUACUACCAGGUCCUUUGCAGAAAAAUCUUUCUGAGCCCUGGGGAGGGGCCAGGUGGCAGUGGGGAGGCCAUUGGGGAGGCUGGUACAAUAAUCCGGGUGAAAAAUGAAGGGAGCUCAGAUUAAAGCAGUCAUGACAAAUGGCUGGAAUCAGGAUAUAUUUUGGGGGUAUGACCAACAAUAUAUGGAUAAAAUGGACAGUAUUUAGAGUUUCAGAUUUUCUUUCUGCCAAAGGAUCCCUUUCUUAAACAAAAAAAUUAUACAAAAGAUCAAUUAAAAAACUGACCAGGCCAGGCGCGGUGGCUCACACCUGUAAUCCCAGCACUUUGGGAGGCCAAGGCGGGCAGAUCACGAGGUCAGGAGAUCGAGACCAUCCUGGCUAACAUGGCAAAACCCCGUCUCUACUAAAGAUACAAAAAAAAAUUAGCCGUGCAUGGUGGCAGGCACUUGUAGUCCCAGCUACUUGGGAGGCUGAGGCAGAAGAAUGGCAUGAACCCAGGAGGUGGAGCUUGCAGUGAGCAGAGAUCAGGCCACUGCACUCCAGCCUGGGCGACAGAGCAAGGCUCUGUCUCAAAAAAAAAAAAAAAAUUAACCAAAAAUCAUGUCAACAAGAUUAUUUGUGUGAUUGAAGCUGGGGUUGAGCCUAGGCACCCUAACACCUUUUCAGCACCCCUAACACCCCGGCUGUUCCAGAGGCACCCUAUAGAGCCCCUUGGGUUCAGAUGAGCAGAACUUGAAACCACAGAUCGGAAGGAAUAGAAAUCUGCGUAUCUUUCACACAAGCCAUAACAUUCUAAGCUGCAUCUUUGCAGCACACUGACAUGGGGCUACUUCACCCACAGCCAGCAAGCGUCUGCACCAGUGCCGGGAUUUGUGUCCACCGUUAUAAGAAGGCAGCUGCUUGCAUGAGGCAUGGCGGUGAGGAAACAAUGCCACCUGGAUUUCACCAUUGGCCAUGUGGACUGGCUGUACCAUGGGCCAGAUGCAUGUCUUGGGCAGACACUUUUUAGAUGCCAACUUGCCUGUAGACAAAGAUGACGCAGAGGUGGCCUCGGGGAUGGCCUAUGUGAUGGGUUGAAUUUGUCCCCUGAAAUUCCUAUGCUGAUGUCCUUAGCCCCAGUGCCUGAUAAUGUGAUCUUAUUUGGAGAUAGCGUCUUAUAGAAAUAAGUUAACAUGAAAAAUGAGAUCAGUAGGGGGUGCCCAAUUCAAUAUGACUGAUAUCCUUAUAAAAGGGCAAAUUUGGACACAGAGACAUGCAUAGAGGGAAGACGAGGUGAAGAGACACUGGGAAGGCCACCUACAUGCCAGGAGAGAGACCUGGAACAGAGCCUUCCUGUACCGCCCUGGAAAGGGACCUUCCCUGCCGACACCUUGAUCUUGGACCUACAGCCUCCAGGACUGUGAGACAGUGAGAUUCUGUUGCUGAAGCUGCCCAGUAUGUGGUACUUUAAGGAAGCCCUAGCAAACCAAUGCAGCCUGGUAGCCCACAGCUGGUGAAAAGAUGGAAUGAGCGAUGGAGACUCAGGCUUCCUGUCUAUACCUCCCAAAGUGCACUAUGGGAUCUUUUGCUGGGUGUAGGUUUGCAAGAUAAUUUUGGCCGGGGUUGGGACGGUGGGGUGCAGGGUGCAUAAUUUCAGUGUAUGUUAUCAUAUGUUUAUCUUACUGUGUAAAUGCUUGUAAGAACAGUUAACCAACAAAGUUUAUAUGCUACUCAAGAUACAGGUUUAAAUGCUCUCAAUGCAAAUGAAAACACUGUCCUGCUGUGGUCCAGGGAAUCUUGAUCUUUCCUUCAGAGAGACUUGCAGCUUUGAGCAGGAGCUGCCCUUUCCUUGCUGCAUACUGCAUGCUCCCACAACACACAUGCACACACACAUGCCUUUGCACACAGCUGGACACACGCAUACUGUGCUUCAUGCCCUCAUUAAGGAGGCACAGAAGGGAAUGUGUCUGUUAGGAAAUGAAGACGGCUCAACUCCCUGGUUCCCUGGGUGUUUGCACAGGUGCCCUCUGUGCAGACCAUUCUUUGGUCUCUUUCUUCUCUUAGUGAAGGGAGAAGCAGAGUCCCAGUGGGUACCCGGCUACUUUGGGCCCAAGCCAAGGUCACAAGCUUCCUUGGGAGCCUGGUGAGAUGGGGGCACCACUGGUCCUCCCAAACCGAGGGGGCAGCAUUCAGUGGAGCCGUGAGCCCAGGAAGGUGAUAGACAGGAUGACUCGGUUCAUUAGAAACAAUCAAAAUCCAGUGAGGAAGGGCAGCCCUCAAAGGUUUUAUUCUCCAGGAGGAAGGACUCUUAGGGGCUGCGAGCAGCAGGCACGAGGGCUUUAUUGCACAUGCAGUUAGGUGAUGGUGACCUACAACUGCACUGGAAACUGGGACCCAGAGUGCCCUGACCUCCUGCUCUGUCUCUCUCUCCCUCUCUCCCUUUCUCCCUUUCUCCCCCUCUGCCUCUCUGGCUUCUCUGUCUCUCUUGUCAUCUCUUGCCCCUUUCCCCAUCUCUCUUUCUCUCUCUUUGCUCUCUCCAUCCUCCUCUCCCUCUCAGCCUCCUCUGUCUCUCCCCCAUCUCUUUCCACUCAUCUUUUGCUUUCUACCUCUCUCUUCCCUCUCCCCAUCUCUUUUCUCCCUUUCUCUCUCCCCACUCCUCUCCCUCCUCACCCUCGUUCAUGCUCCCUGGUCCCCAUCCUACACUGCUGCUAAGGCAAUGCCAAGGCUACUGUCCUGUCACGGUGUCCCUACUUCCAGCAUCCACACAUGAAAAGAUGCUCAAUGUCAUUAGUCAUUAGGGAAAUGCAAAUCAAAACCACAAUGAGACAUCAUUUUAUACUCAUUAGGAUGCUAUUAUCAAACAAAUGGAAAAUAGCCAGUGUUGGAGAUGUGAAGGAAGUGGAACCCUCACACAUUGCUCAUGGGAAUGUAUAAUGCAGUGGCUCAUGGGAAUGUAUAAUGUAUAAUGUGGAAAAGUUUAGCAGUUCCUCAAAAAGUCAAACAUAAAACUACCAUAUGACCCAGCAAUUCCACUCCUAAGUAGAUGUCCAAAACCCCUGACAGCAGGGUUGCAAACAGGUACUUGAACUCAGGAACGGAAAACCAAACAUCAUAUGUUCUCACUGAUAUGUGGGAGCUAAACUAUGAGGAUGCAAAGGCAUAAGAAUGAUACAAUGGACAUUGGGGACUUGGGGGGAAGAUUGGAAGGGGGGGGCGAGGGAUAAAAGACAACAAAUAUGGUGCAGUGUAUACUGUUCUGGUGAUGAGUGCACCAAAAUCUCAGAAAUCACCACUAAAGAACUUACUCAUGUAACCAAAUACCACCUGUACCCCAAUAACUUAUCAAAAAAUAAAACACAAUUUUUAAAAAAACAGAUACUUGUGUCCCAACAUUCAGAGCAGCAUAUUCACAAUAGCCAAAAGGUAGAAACAGCCCAAUUGUUCAUCAACAGAAGAAUAAAUGAGCAACAUGUAUUAUAUGUGCACAGGGGGAUACUAUUCAGUUAUUAAAAUGAAUGGAAUACUUAUACUUCCUGCAAAUAUGGAUGAACUUUGAAGAUUUGCAAUUCAAAUCUAAUGAAUAGACAGGGCCGAGCAUAGUGGCUUAUCCCUUUAAUGCCAGGACUUUGGGAGGCUGAGGUAGGAGGAUCACUUGAGCCCAGGAGUUUUGAGAUCAGCCUGGGCAACAUAGCAAGACCUCAUCUGUACAAAAAAAUAGUUUAAAUGCCAGGCAUGGUGGUGUAGGCCUGUAUUCUUGGCUACUGGCACGGCUGUGGAGGGAGUCUCGCUUGGGUUCAGGAGGUUGAGGCUGCGGUGCACUAGGAUACCACCACUGCAAUCCAACAUGGGGAAGAGAGCAAGAUCCCUCUCUAAACAUAAAAAUUAAAAAAAUAACACACAAAAUGGCUCAGCACGGUGGCUCAUUCCUGUAAUCCCAACACUUUGGGAGACUGAGGUGGGUGGAUCACGAGGUCAAGAGAUGGAGACCAUCCUGGCCAAUGUGAUGAAACUCUGUCUCUACUAAAAAUACAAAAAUUAGCUGGGUGUGGUGGUUCCUGUGUGUAGUCCCAGCUACUCAGGAGACUCAGGCAGGAGAAUCGCUUGAACCCAGGAGGCAGAGGUUGCAGUGAGCUGAGAUCAUGCCACUGCACUCCAGCCUGGUGACAGAGCAAGACUCCAUCUCAAAAUAAUAAAAACAAAAACAAGUAAGUGUGUGUCUGUGCCCAUGCCUCCGAGCAAGUUCGUGUCAGCAUGCAUAGCUGUGUUGUGUCCAGGUGAGUAGGCACAUGUGCAUGUGUGUGAGUGUUGGAUGCUGGGGCAGUCAGGGUUAGAGUCACUCACAGUCAGCACCUGCUCUUCACUUCCUCAUGCCUGGUUCCUACAGGCCCCCACAAGAAGCAUGUAGGGCCCAAGCACUCCCUGCCACCUCUUAACCCCAAGCACAGGCAUGAGAGGGUGAAGGUGGCCGACUGCAGGGCCCAGGCUUGGAGGACCCUGGAGCUGACUCCUGGUGCACAUGCCACAACCGCCAGCCUGCCCUGGCCUGGCUCCUGGGAAACACUUGCCCUUGGCCAGCUGGAGAGGUGUUGAUUUGGGACACAGCCCCACAGUGAUCACCACUUUAUCCCACCCCCAAAUACUUCCUAAGGCCAUUUAUUGCUAGGAGAUGGGCACAGGCAGCCUGCUGUGAUGACUUCCUAGACACAGGCUCUGGGGACAGGAAGCCCAUCUGGCCCCCUUCCUAUGACAUGGCUGGGAGGCAGGAGGUGGGCCUCGGGUAUGAAGGAUAGAUAAGGGCAGCUUGGGCAGGUUGGGGUGAUCAGACCCAACAUCAGGCCAUGGGGGCUUCGAAGUCCAGCAGAGUCAUAGGAAUGAGAAAAGACAGGAAAUAAAGUGGGACCAGGGGGCCAACACUAGUAUGGAGGCUGCAAAGGCCCUGAGCUCUGGAAGCCCAGGCUAUUUAUUGGUGCUCAAACAAAGAAACACAUGGUGAGGAUGUGGGGGUUUAAAGGAAGCAAUGUAUCAAGUGAGUGAGCUACAGCUGUCAUGGUGUAGCAUUUUCUUUGAAACAUGUGGCUACUUGAGAUAAUGGGAGUGCUAGAAGCAAGAGCCAGCAAGUCUAGCAGACAUGCGAGCCCUGCCUCAGCUUCUCUCCCAACACUCAGCUUUUCUCCCAACAGGACAGAGGAAGCAGCAGUAAGUCUCAGAGCCUCAGGACCAGAGGGGCCCCAGUGCCCCUUGGUCAGGAUGCUGAGCCCAGAGAGGGCAAGAUCCUGACUUGAGGUCACAGAGCAGCAAUCCCUGGCAGAACUAGCAUUCCUUUUGGAGAAAUUCAGAGUUCAUGGUCCCCAGGAGUCAUUCAUUUACUCAUGCAUUCAUUCAGCAAUUACAUAUGGAGCCUCUACUAUAUGCCAGGCCCACUUCUAGCCCCAGCAUACAGCAGUGGACAAGACAAACCAAUCCCCACCUCAAGGAGCUGAUGCUCUGGUCACAGAGACAGAAAACAAGUGAAGAAGAUCACAUUACAUGAUGCUAAAGGCUAGCAAAUAAAAUUACACCACAUGGAAUGUUGGAGUCACUCUGUCCAAAUGGUGGCCACUAGCCCCAUACGGCUAUUUGAGUUUCAAGCAAUUGGAGUAAUUGAAAAUUAAGAGUUUAGCGGCCGGGCAAGGUGGCUCACAUCUGUAAUCCCAGCACUUUGGGAGGCCGAGGUGGGCGGAUCACGAGGUCAGGAGAUCAAGACCAUCCUGGCUAACAUGGUGAAACCCCGCCUCUACUAAAAAUACAAAAAAUUAGCCAGGCGUGGUGGCGGGCACCUGUAAUCCUAGCAACUCAGGAGGCUGAGGCAGGAGAAUGGGAGCGAUUGAGACCAUCCUGGCUAACACGAUGAAACCCCAUCUCUACUAAAAAUACAAAAAAAUUAGCUGGGGGUGGUGGCAGGCACCUGUAAUCUCAGCUACUCGGGAGGCUGAGGCAAGAGAAUGGCAUGAACCUGGGAGGCAGAGCUUGCAGUGAGACGAGAUCAUGCCACUGCACUCCAGCCUGGGCAACAGAGCGAGACUCCAUCUCAAAAAAAAAAAAAAAAGAGUUUAGCGGACCUGCAGCCGUGCUUGGAGUUUGCAGACGCUGCGUCACUGUCACCACUACCUUGCUCCCAUCCCCGCUGCAGCCAGGGGCAUGCUCAGUCACCCCGGGCAGUGUCCCCGCUGUGGCCCUGUGGCAAUGGCCACCAAAGUUGACAAAGAGGCUUGCUGGGAGGCCUACAACCUGGCGCGAGACGACGGCUUGGCCGUCAUCUGGGUGACUUUUAAAUAUGAUGGCUCCACCAUCGUCCGUAUCGGGCAAGGAGUGGAAUACCAGCACUUCAUCCCACAGUGCACAGAUGAGAUCUGGUUGCUUGCCUUCGUGUGCGUCACCACGAGGGAUGCCACCCUCAUCAGGUGGAUCGGCGAGAAUGUCAAGACCCUGGUGAAGGAGGUCAUACAGGAUUUCACUAAGGAGUUUGUGAUCAGUGAUCAGAAGGAGCUGGAGGGAGAUGUAAUGAAAAGCGAACUGAAGAAGACUGGGGGAAUCAAUUACAAUGCCCAGGUGGAGUAACCCCAGCUUCCCCACUGCCCCUUGCCAAAGUCAUCUGUCUACUCCCCGGGGAAGGGGCCCUCAGGCCUCAGCUACCAACCCACCAGCCCACCAGGGAGAAAAGAAUCCAUGAGAGGCAGUGCCCGCCACCCUGUGUCCACAGCCCCCACCUUCCUGCUUCCCUUAGAACACUGCUGUGUCUUAUCUCAUGAAGCUUGUGGAACCCCUUUCUUUGAUUUUUUUCUUUUCUCCCCCUCUCUUUUGUUCUAAAGAAAAAUUAUUUUGAUGCAAGGUCCUGCCUGUCAUCAGAUCCGAGGUGCCUCCUGCGGUAACCCCUUUUCCUGGCAUUUCUCUUACAUAUAAUGAGGCUGCCUAGUGGGAUCUGUGCAACCUCAUGUUGCUUCUGGAGCCUAGAUUUGUUUUGCCAUCUCAGUUUUCUUGGGCCCCCCUUCCUGUUUACCACUGAGGGGCAGCUGGGCCAGGAGUGGCACCUGGUGAUUGUAGCCUUCAUAAGCACACAAGUCCAUUCCUGUAGUCAGUCCCAGACCUCCUGGAGUCUGCCCCGGGCUCCCUCAUCCCAACUUCAUCCAGAGUUGCCUAAGUUGCAUCUCCAGCAAACGCAGGAUUGCUCAGUGGUGAGAAGGUUAGGUCUGGCUCUGAUCGAAUAAGAGAUAAAAUUUGCCUUAAAACUUGCCUGGCCGGGUGGAUCACCUGAGGUCAGGAGUUCGAGACCAGCCUGACCAACAUGGUGAAACCCCGUCUCUACUAAAAAUACAAAAAUGAGCCAGACAUGGUGGUGGGUGCCUGUAAUCCCAGCUACUAGGGAGGCUGAGGCAGGAGAAUCGCUAGAACCCAGGAGGCGGAGGUAGCACUGAGCCGAGAUUGCGCCAUUACACUCUAGCCUGGGGACAGGGAGAGAUUCUGUCUGGAAAAAAAAAAAAAAAAUCUUGCCUGGCAGUGGCUUUGCGGCAGGGUCUGAAAGCACCCGUUCCCACCGUCUUGACUGAAAUGUCCUAGUGACACAGAGAAGGGCAAAGGUCUGAGCCCAGAGUUGACAGAGGGACUAUUUCAGGGUUCACUUCAGGGGCUCCCAAAGCAAUGAGGUUGUUAGGGAGAGAGGCCCAGGGUGGGGACUGGGAAUUCAAGGAGAGCUGGGAACUGAUCACUUAGGUUCAGGAAGCUUCUGUACAAGCAGUAAGGAUGGCUUGGGCCAGAGGGCUACUCCCCCUGUGGUGCUAGCGGUGAGCAAAGCCCUGGGCUCACGGCACCGCUAAAGCCCAUGGCUUCAAUCCUACACCUGCACCACACAUUCAAAAGGAUCGUUUUUUUGUUGUUUGUUUGUUUUUGUUUUUGUUUUUGUUUUUCCAGGCAGAGUUUCACUCUUGUUGCCCUGGCUGGAGUACAGUGGUACUAUCUCGGCUCACUGGAACCUCCGCCUCCCAGGU